AAGAAGAACUCAUACAUCCACAGGCUAACCGCUACUUAGCAGACAACAUAAACACUGGCACAUCUUUGGGGAGAACGGGUCAUUUUAGCAGUUUAGAUCUUGUUUUUCGUGGAGAAUUCCUACAUGAUGCGGUAGAUUAGCUGAAUGUCUCAUGACCAGCCAUGUCCGAUCGGGUCUGGGAUUUACGGAGGCCUUGAAGUUGUCCUUCUAACGGAUGCCCAUGAUUCAGCUGGAGAAACCGGUGCUCACUGGUACCAUGCCGGUGGUAUGGCCCACCAUCCUUGACCUGGGCAGGGAUGAGUGCAAAAGAAUUCUCCGUAAACUGGAGCUGGAGGCUUAUGCUGGAGUCAUCAGCGCCCUGCGAGCCCAAGGAGACCUGACGAAGGACAAGAAGGACCUGCUGGGAGAGCUCACUAAAAUCCUCGGCAUCUCAACAGAGCGCCAUCGAGCAGAAGUCCGCAGGGCCGUCAAUGAUGAACGCCUCACCACCAUUGCGUAUCACAUGUCUGGUCCCAACAGCUCAUCUGAAUGGUCAAUUGAAGGACGCCGGCUCGUCCCUCUGAUGCCGAGGCUGGUCCCCCAGACGGCCUUCACAGUCACCGCUAACGCUGUGGCCAGCGCAACAGCCAAUCAGAAUGCCUCCCUGCUGCUGCCAGCAGAAACAGGAAACAAAGAAGUGGUUGUAUGUUACUCCUACACGAGCACCACCUGCACCUCCACCAGCGCCACGGCGACCAGUGGGCCCAUCGGAGCGACAGUGAAAUCUCCACGCCCUCCAAGCCCUUCAUCCAACGUGGUGGUGCUGCCCAGCGGGAGCACUGUGUAUGUAAAAAGCGUGAGCUGCUCCGACGAAGAUGAGAAGCCUCGUAAGCGACGGCGCACCAACUCUUCCAGCUCAUCGCCAGUGAUGCUGAAAGAGGUUUCCAAGGUGUCACCGCCGGUGUCCAAGAACAUCACGGUGCCGGUGAGCGGCAGCCCCAAGAUGAGCAACAUCAUGCAGAGCAUCGCCAACUCCCUGCCGCCUCACCUGUCCCCCGUCAAGAUCACCUUCACCAAGCCCACCAUCCAGACCACCAACACCACCACGCAGAAGGUGAUCAUCGUGACGACGUCUCCGAGCUCCAAUUUCGUGCCCAACAUCCUCUCCAAGUCUCACGCCCACAACAACGCCGCCAUGGCCAAGCUGGGCUCCACCUCCAUGCUGACCACACCCACUCAGAAACAGACGGUGGUGUUUCCUGCCAACUCCAGCCCUUCCUCAAACCCCAACGCCAUUGCAGUGACAACGGUGGUCUCCUCCACGCCCUCAGUGGUCAUGUCAACUGUCGCUUCAUCUUCAGCCGGAGUGAAGGUGGCUUCGGCCAGACUUCCGUCUCCUAAAACCCUGGUGGGUUCACCCACCCAGAUCCUGGCUCAGUUCCCCAAACAGCAGUCACCCAAACAGCUGCAGCAGAGUUCACCUUUAGGAGCCGGAGUCGGUCAGAGUCAAAGCACCAGCACAUCACCAGGAACCAAACCCACCAUCCAGAUCAAACAGGAGUCCGGAGUGAAGAUAAUCACUCAGCAGGUGCAGCCGAGUAAAAUCCUGCCCAAACCUUCAUCUGUGGCUCUGUCCAGCAGCAGCUCGUCUCCCAUCAUGGUCGUCAGUAGCAACGGAGCCAUCAUGACCACCAAGCUGGUCACUCAGCCCACAGCUACACAGGCCACCUAUACCAGACCCACUGUUAGUCCCAGCAUCGGCGCCAGAAUAUCAGCCUCCAGUGGCGGGACUACCUACGUCAAGACCACCAGCGGCAGCAUCAUCACCGUGGUGCCCAAGUCUCUGGCUACUCUGGGUGGGAAGAUCAUCAGCAGCAACAUCGUGUCUGGCACAACGACCAAGAUCACCACCAUCCCCAUGACCUCCAAACCCAACGUCAUUGUGGUGCAGAAAACCACAGGCAAAGGAGCGACCAUCCAGGGACUGCCUGGCAAGAACGUGGUCACGACGCUUUUAAACGCCGGGGGUGAGAAGAGCCUGCAGGCGGUCCAGGGAACCAAACCGGCCAUCAUCACCGCCUCCAGACCCAUCACCAAGAUGAUCGUCACACAGCCCAAAGGCAUGAGUGGGUCUCAGUCCACUGCUACCAAGAUCAUCCCCACCAAGAUCGUCUACGGCCAGCAGGGAAAGACGCAGGUUCUCAUCAAGCCGAAGCCGGUCUUCCAGACGGCGGUGGUGAGCGAGCAGACCAGGCAACUGGUCACUGAGACGCUGCAGCAGGUGACCCGGUCUGCAGAGAUGGGUCAGAUCCAGACUUCAGGUCAGGACGGGUCCUCGAAGGACGAGGCCGGCAACAUCACGGAGGCCAGCAGCUUAGCCAGCGAGGCCUCGCAUGGCACCAGUCAAGAUCCGCAGCCUGUAGUGCACGUGGUCUCCUCCAGAGAGCAGGAUUGGACCGAGCAGGAGGUUUCCGUGGAGUCCGGCCCGACAAUCAUCUACCAGGAGGUGUCUGCAGGGGAAUCCCAGUCGGCCACCUCAACCAUCAAAGCGUUGCUGGAGCUCCAGCAGACGACAGUAAAGGAGAAGGGAGAGUCCAAACCGAGGCAGCACACCAUCGACCUCAGUCAGAUGGCCGUGCCCAUCCAGCUGGCUCAGGAGAAGAAGCCGAGCCCAGAGUCGCCCCGACCCUCCACCUCAGAGGCCGAACCCAGCACCGAGUUCGUCUCUGCAGGUAAAGCGGGCAGAGUGGCAGCGUCCUCGGAGGAUGACGACGUGGUCAUGUCCUCCACACAGCAGCUGGUCAAGCCUUAUAAAGCCAGCAGCCAGGUUACCGUGGUAACCAAACCGGUGGCCGUCUCCUCUGUAGCUUCACACGUGCCCUCUGACAGUAAAACUGAGACGGUGCUGGAGGUGGGUGAGCUGGAAGGCGAUACCUUGGACCCCCAGACGGGUUUGUUCUACCGCUCCAGCCAGCCGGCUUCAGAACCCGCAAAGCAAAUCGUCCACUCUGCUCAGCCGCCGCCUUCGAGCCAGGUGGAGGCCGAGCAGAGCCGACAUACCUCCACCUCCACCCAGCAGCAGCAGCAGCCUCCUCCACCGCCGCCGCCACAGCUCCAGAGCAAACCUCAGAUCAGCCAGCCUUCCCCCUCCUCCUCCUCCGCCUUCUCCUCCACUCCCCCUCUGACGAAGAAAAUCCCCAAACUACGAGAGCAGACUCAGCCCAAACCCCAGGCCUUAACCCAGAGCCCCAAAGACAGACCCCUGCCGGCACCGGUGCAGCCGGGGUUGAAGGUCACGACUUCGGGAACGCCAACCAAACCCCUGGUGACGCCGCAGUUGCCGAAGCUCCAGCAGGCCCCCACGUCCCUCCACAGACCCCUGCACACAUCUAUGUCCCACCCUCCUCCGCUGCAGGCGCAUCACCCCGUCAGCACCGAGAAGAUGGCCUCCAGCCAGCAGCCAAUCAUCACACAGAGCGCCACUGUCACCAAGAUCACCUUCGGCGGCUCCCACCACUCGACACCGGUGUUCAGCAGCGGUGAAGCCGCAGCCAAACUGAUCCCCGAGUCCAGCUCCGGGCCGUCGGGGGAGAAGUCCUCGGUGUCGGACAUCCUGAAGAUCUCCAUGAUGGAGGCGGAGAUCGAUCCGAGCACAGAGCCCAUGGUGGUGGAUUCUUCCAGCGACUGCGGCCCUCUGGGGAAAGCGCUGGAGGUGCAGGCGGUGUCGGGAACGCUGGACUCGGGCCAGUUCAUCAGCAGCUCCGGAGCCGCCAUGCACCACUCCCACACAAAGCCCCAGCAGUUCAGCUGCAUGCAGGGCCUCACAGCGCAGAGGAGCAAAGAGGACCUGGAGGUCAUCGAGGUGAUCCCUCAGUACUCCAUCCUGCCGGACUCCAGCCAGUCCAACGUGGUGGUGGAGCCCAGCGGCUUCCUGGAGAUCACCAACUACACCAGCCAGCAGCUGGAGGAGGACAGCCCCAUGGAGCAGGAGGUGGACAGCAGCAACGACGAGGCCACGGCCGCCAGCCCCCCCAACCAGCCAUAGUCGCUUCACGCACAUUUUCACUUUGAACAAGCAGACUGUUUGAUUGUUUGAGGACUCCAAACCCAGCGGACAAAGACUUACCAGUUGUUGUUUUUUUGUGUGUAAAAUACUAGUUAGUUUCAUUUCCGCCUCCACUACUCAUGGCACAUGUGUUUUUUAUUGCUGAAAGUGGAAGCGAGGUGAUUUGAUUAGUUUUAGUCCCAGACAUUUGGAAAGCAGCCUCCCCAAACAUACAAGGUUCCAGUAUGUUAACAUUUACAAGACAUUCGUGAAAUUGAAUAUUUGGAAUUAUUCCGGGGCCGCCGUACGUCAGCUGGAUCACAUCACUGCACUGGUGUUGACGGUUGUCCAGAUUGACUCCCGUUAAUGGACAGAUUCUGUCAUCGGUAGAACGCCUUCGGUUGAUUUUGUAACAGUAAACUCUCCGAGACUUAAGGGAUUUCAGUUUUCAGAGGAGAGAACAGAGCUGCAGUGGAUUAUAUUUUCUGUCAGGAACUUAAAACAACCACAAAUGAGUCCUGGAGGACGCAUAGAGUCCAACAUGUAAUUGUAUUGUAAAGAGAAGAAAGGCAAAUUAACCAAUGUACCUUUUUUUUGUAAGAUAUAUUCUGGAGUUGAAAAAGUUGCAGUGAGAAUUUCAAAAAGGAUGCAUAUGUUUUUGCAUAGUGUGUUGAAGCUAUGCAUUUCUUUUCUACCUUUUCAAACUAGAUAACUAGUUGAGAAAAAUCAUUUAACCUGCACAAUAAAUCAGCUGAGUAGAACUAA